GCCGGUGGUCCACCCACGUGACACCCGACGUGAAACUUUGACAUUCAAAACAAAUAAGUUUUUAUUUUGUUGGUUAGCCCAUUUAAUAUUUAUUUAAACUGGAACAGAGAGCCAAGAUAUCAAUGAAACCUACAAUCCUGUGUUUCUUUUUUGGAUAACAACCAUUUUAGAUAUUUCAGCAAGACAAAAAUAACUAAGUAUGAUAAAGACUUAUUUGUUUUCAAAGUCCAAUAACAUACAGAAAUACCUACAAUAAAAUCACUAUAACCUAUGUAUAUCGAUAUGUAUAUCGACGACCACCUUAUAAUGAACGGUAAUUAGUAUUUACUGAGCUAACGAAUAUUUUUUUAACCGAUCCCUAAAAGUCAGAACUGUAUGAUAUUAUUAUGCCAAGGUCAGAACAAUUACUGGAUGAUCCCAUGUCGGAUUACCCGACUGGGAUGGUGCAAGACCUCAUAGACAUGUACUAUGAGCGAGAGUUCCUGUGGCAAGAGAGGUCCAGACAUUACAAGGACAAAGCAUUGACGGAGCAAGCCUACGAAGAAAUGGCGAAUUUUCUGAGAAAAUCUGGCUUCCCUGAUGCUACCGCCAACAGCCUCCAAAAACAGUUUCAAAUCAUGAGACAAGCAGUUAUCACGGAAAAGAAAAAAAUUGACAAGUCUCAAGGGCGAUAUAUACCCGACGUAUGGUACUAUGAUCUAAUGACGUUUUUGACCGAUCAGCAUGAGAAGCCACGACUAUCUUCCCACCCACGUCCGUCGAAAAGUCUCACGCUAAGGGCUUCGUGGUUUGCAAAAAAAGGCAAAGGUGAAAAAUCUGUAGCAGCUCCUGCAAUGCGCAAGAAAGUUUCAUCUCAAGCAGAGAAACAUGACGAAUCUCCCGCCGAUGUAGACGAGUUCGAAGCUAUAGGAAUCAAUUACGCGAGUAAAUUAAAAAGAAUGAACUCAAAGCAGCAAAUAAUAGCCGAGCUGCUGAUUCAGAAAGUCAUCGCGAAGGGUUUGAUGGGCGAGUUGUCGACGGCCACCGAGCUGGUGCAAGUACACCGGGAUAAGGACAGAAUCUCCUCUAAAGUGAGACUUAGUUCUCCAAUCAACAGCAACAAUCGCCCAAGAACGCAACACUGUAACAAUCAUAGUCGUAACCAUGAAUAGGAAAAAUAGUAAGCCGACUGUACAAGAGGCAGCGUCCACAUCAUCAGCGGAUAGUUUCGUCAGAAUGAGCGAGUUCAAGGCGGUGGGGGUGAACUACGCUCGCAAGCUGAAGAGGCUAAGCUCCCGGCAGCUGCUGCUGGCUGAGCUGCUGAUCCAGAGGAUCCUGGCGCUGGGGCUGGCCGGGGAGCUCAGCGGGGGCACCGACCUCGUCGAUAUCUAUAGCGGAUCCAGGGUAUUAAAGAGGAAAUCUUGAUUAAGUAUAUGUAUAUAUUACGCUGUUUUAACAUAAUCUACUUAAUUUGAGGAAAAUGGAAUGCAAGCCAAAAUAUGGAUUGAAUACAGUCGCGUUGUUUGUAAAUAAUCCACAUCAGCUUGAUUGAAGGUGCUUAUUACUCUCAUUGUUUAUACUAAUACAUAAUUAUAAGAAGUAUUAAUAACUACAUAAGUUACCUACCCGUUAAUUAAAUUAUCAUGUUCAAUUCAAACA